AUGAGCGCUGCUGACGGCUUUUACCACACCAUGUACGUCAAGACGCUGAGGAAUCAGCAAGGGCGUGAACAUCUAUGUCCGUACCCGGAUCACAAGGGCCGAGUGUUCCUGAGCUGGGACCAGCUGUACGAUCACGGCAAGGCGGAGCAUUCUCCGGACUUUGACGGAUUAGACCCGCAGCAGGCGCGGGCAAAAUUUCACAUGUUAGCAGCCGAGUUGAAGACGGAACAUUCAUCCAUUGCAACCGCAGGCGACCACUCCGCGCCGGACAUUGCAACCCUCACCUUGGGCUCCGGAAAAGGCUCUGUUCCUAAUUCAUCUCCGUCUGGACGCAAAAGGCCAGCAGAGCAUGAAGCCUUUGGUCAUAGAGGGAAAGCCCUCUCAGGCCUCGAUGUCAGUGACUCGGAUUAUUCAAGAAAAAUUUCCUAUCGUAUUACUUCGGAUAAAGUAAGAUCAGAGUCACCUGACCCGCGAUUCUUUAAUCCUAAACAAAAUGCCAAAGACACCUCGUCGCCUCAUCGUUCUACGCCUGAGCCAUCCAGCGAGUGGUCAGGCGAAGCAACUAAGAGUACUAAGCUCCAGUCUCCUCAACCCAGAUCCCCAGUUCGUAUACAACCACGGAGCACGCCAAAACCCCAAAAUGCUCCCAGUCAACCCAAUCUUACUAGCCAUCCACAGUAUGACGAGCGGUAUCCCGACCUUCUGUUACAGCCGGACUCUCGUCCGAUAUCACAAGAGCAACUAGCAUCUGAGGUCAAAUCUAUCUAUGCUGGCCUUGCGAUGGUUGAAAAUAAGUGUAUACACGUUGAUCGUGCCCAAGCAGCCGCUGUACAGGAUCCUAAUACAAAGCUACCUNCUGAUCACUGGCAGGCAUUGAUAGCUUUACACCGCACCCUCUUACAUGAGCAUCAUGAUUUUUUUCUAGCNAGUCAACAUCCUUCCGCUUCUCCGGCGCUUCGUCGCCUAGCAGCUAAGUAUUCUAUGCCCGCGCGUAUGUGGAAGCAUGGCAUCCAUUCCUUUUUGGAGUUACUUCGGCGGCGUCUUCCCGACAGCAUGGAUUAUAUGCUGGCUUUCAUAUAUUUGGCCUAUCAGAUGAUGGCGUUACUUUACGAGACGGUUCCUGCAUUUGAAGAUACUUGGAUCGAAUGUUUGGGUGAUUUGGGCAGAUACCGUAUGGCUAUCGAGGAUGAAGACGUCCGUGAUCGUGACACUUGGGCUGGCGUAGCACGAUCCUGGUACACGAAAGCAGCGGACAAAAACCCAAUCGUUGGACGUUUAUAUCACCACUUAGCGAUUCUGGCGAGACCCAAUGCUCUCCAGCAAAUCUACUACUAUUCCCGGUCUUUGACUUGCGUCAAGCCCUUUGGAAGUGCGCGCGAGUCCAUCCGGACUCUUCUGGAUCCCGUCGUUGAUCACAACACCGCUAGUCUCCCGCACGCUCUUCCCAUCGAUGUCAGCUUCAUCAAACCCCAUGCUUUACAGUUUCUGGGACGUUCGGUCAAGGAUGAUAGGACAUCGGAAGAAUUCUUAAAGGCCAAGACUGAGUUUCUGGGCAGCUUGGAUAACUAUAUUGUUCGAGUGACAACAAAAUGGAAGGAUCAAGGUGUAUGGGUCGCCGUUACGAACAUCGCGGGUUGGUUUGACUAUGGAGUUGACGAUAACGCUCUCCGCCAAGCUUUCCUCAUCGAGCUUUCGGAGAGAGCCAAAAACUCUCUUUCUACUGCUCCAGAAGAGAAAUCGCGUACAGCAUCUACAAUUGAGCAGCAGGACCCAAUUCAGCCUUGCGUCAACCCAAGCCAGAUCCAGGGGAAGCUAGAACAGCUCGCUGCGCAACAGACAUUCAAGAAUGCCCAGCUCCUCACCAACGACACCUUUGCCCUCGCCCUCCGCAGACUUGGCGACAAGAACGUGCUGCUGCACGUCAACAUCAUGCUCUCCUAUCUCACUUCUCUUUCAUCAUUUUCUUCCUGUGCAUACGUUCCUAACCUCAUCAAAGACACACCCUGGCCCGAUCUCGUCACUUUCCUCAAUACGUUAUUGAAAACAGAAUCUCAAUCUUACUCCCAGACGAACACCAGCCAGUCAGAAAACAUCGACAGCUUGCUUUCUGCAGCCCUGUUUCCAGCAGACGAUGAGAGGACGGACGAGCUGCCACUCCCUGAAGAUUACCUUGCCAGAGGCUUGAUCUGGACGCACGGAUAUUUCCCCAAGAAUUGGUUUUCCAGGGAGCGUGAUGAGGAGGAGAGAUAUCUCGAGCCGGCGAGCACGGUUAAAAAUCGUAUCAACAGGGUGCUCAGGCUGGGUUAUGCGCUUGCGAAACUUAACCGAUGGAUUGCCUACCAUGCCUCUACUCAUUCAUUCUCGGUCAUUGGUCCUGCGCCUUGA